AAUUAAGUAAAUAAAAAAAUAAUUAAUUAAGUAAAUCAUUAUAAAAGUUAUACUAAAUAAAUGGCAGAAUAAACCAACAAAUUUACUAGUUUGAAUGACUUUAUAAAAUCUGACAAGACAAAUUUUACUCAAGUUUAAUUAUUCUUUGCUGAUUAAGUUUUUGAUUAGGAACAGUUUUAUUAAUUUGCAUCAUAGUUAAUAGUUUGUACAAAAAUUAAACACUUACAGCUAUUUCUAAAAAGUAAUCUAAAUUUAGGUGAUGAAGGAGCUUUUGAAUUAGGAAAAGCUUUAAGUAAUUUAUAGGAAUUAUCUUAUUUAAAGCUAAUUCUUUUUCAAACUAAUAUUGGAGAGAAAGGAUUUUCAAGUAUUGGAUUAGGUUUAAGCAACUGCUUAUUGAUAAGAUUUUUAAGCAUCAAUGUUUCAAACAAUUAAAUAGGUGAUGAAGGAGCUUAGGCAAUCAGUUUAGCUUUUAGAUAAUGCAAAAAUAUUACAGAUUUAAGAUUUUUCUUUAACAAAAACAAAGUUAGUGAUGUAGGAAUAUCUGCUAUUACUUAAGGAAUAAUCCAUUGUAUCUUAAUUGAAUCUUUAUGUCUGAGUUUAUAGGAGAAUAAUUUAACAGAGGAAGGAUAUCUUAUUCUUGGUUAGGGUAUUGCAAGUAUACCAAAAUUAACUUCUUUCUAAGCUUGGAUUAAAGGAGAAUAUGAGUAUUAUCUGAAUUAAAAAGAAAUCAUCAACUGUAAAAAUAUAAAAGAGUUGGUCCUUCAUCUAUAUAGUUGCAAUACAAAAAGAGAAAAGGUUGAGCUUAAAAUUAAAGCUCUUAAAAUAAUCAGGCUAGUCAAAUUAUAAGUUUUUUACUGA